AGCAUGGAAAGACCAGCACUGAUCCUUAUGGAUGCCCUGAUUUGGUACUAGGAACAAUCAGAGGGUCGCUGUCAGUUUGGUCCCAUUUUGAGCUCACUUUGCCUUUUCAACCUGGGGGUUAAAUUUAAAUUUCUCCUCCCCCCCCUCCCCUCCCUUGGAAAGGUCACAGCCCGUAUUCCCGAGGUUUGUUUUCAGAGGCAGCUCUUGGCUGAGCUGGCAUUGGACACAGCACAUUUUAUUGGAUCUCUGCCACUUCCAAAUUUAAGUGGGACCGGAGGGAGACACCAGCCCAGAGCCACUGCAAGUGAGCUCUUUCCCCAAGGAAAACUGUUCAGAAAGGAAGAUUCAUGGAUUUCACAAGCACAGUCAUCAUCCCGCUGCUUUUCGGCAGCCUGGGGAUCUUCGGCCUUUUCCGGUUCCUGCAGUGGAUGCGGAUGCGGGCGUACCUGCAGGAAGCUGUGGUGGUGAUCACAGGGGCCACCUCUGGCCUGGGAAAAGAAUGUGCCAAAGCUUUCCACGCAGCUGGCUCCAAGGUGGUGCUGUGUGGCAGGGACAGUGAGAAGCUCAAGGAGCUGGUGCAGCAGCUUUCUGCUGUGAAGAAUCACCGGAAGAAGACACACAAACCCCACGCUGUGGUGUUUGACCUCUCGGACACCAAAGCUGUGCUGAACGGUGCUGAGGAGAUCCUGAAGCACUUGGGGCACGUGGACAUCCUGAUCAACAACGCAGGCAUCAGCUUCCGAGGCACAAUUGUGGACACGGGACUGGACGUGGAUAAGAAAGUGAUGGAAACGAAUUAUUUCGGACCCGUAGCCCUCACCAAAGCACUUCUCCCCUCCAUGAUCAAGAGGAGACAAGGCCACAUUGUGGCCAUCAGCAGCGUUCAAGGCAAAAUAAGCAUUCCUUUCAGAUCUGCAUAUGCUGCCUCUAAGCACGCUACCCAGGCCUUCUUUGACUGCCUGCGAGCAGAGGUGGAGCAGUAUGACAUCGAUGUGACAGUUGUGAGCCCCGGAUACAUCCAGACAAACCUCUCUCUCAACGCUAUCACGGCAGAUGGAUCUCGCUACGGAGUUAUGGACAAGACCACGGCCCAGGGACAGACGGCGGCCGAGGUGGCUCAGGUGGUUCUCAAUGCAGUGGGACAGAGGAAGAAGGAAGUGCUUGUGGCUGGCCUGACUCCCUUCCUGGCUGUCUACCUGAGGAACCUCUGCCCCAGGGUCUUCUUCACCUUAAUGGCAUCUAGAGCAAAAAAGGAGAGAAAAGCAAAGGACUCUUAGAGCUCAGCUUGCCUGAGCAGUACCUGCAGGGACGGGCUGAGCCCCUGCAGUCAGCUGGGACAUCACUGGAGGUGCUCCUGCAGGAAAAACCUUUCUCAGAAUACUGAAGUUUACUAUUGCAUGGAGAGUGGGAAAUGGUUUCCCCCACACUGGUGGAAGACAGGACCUAAACCUCACCUGGAGAAGGAGGAGUGCUCGGACAGUGGGGCAGAGCUGAGGCUGCAGGGGAGGGUGACUCAAGGGAACACUCUGCAGCUAGGGACGUCCCUGUGCUGGGACACAGCACCUCACUCCAGGCAUGCUCAGAUCUACUGGGCUGCUACAAAUAAACCCCACCUGUUUUGCCUUCACACAAGCAGAUCUUGGCUUUCCCCACGCCGUGGCCCCUGUGAAAUACAGCCCUCAGCUCUCGUGAUCAGUGUCUCCUUCCCACUCCCUCCAAUCCGAUCCAGAACACGCUGCUUGAAGUGGGAAACUGCACAGAGCUGCUGCUUGUUAACAUGCCAGGUCAUCUGAUCUGUUAAGCUCGAGUCCAGUGCCACUUCCAAAGAAGUAACUGAUGUACAGUUGGAGUGUAUUUGGCCUCAUUUUACCUGUUUGAACCGUGUCUUACUGAUGUACAGGGACAUUUAACUCUGCACUGGCAGCACAGUACGAACCCCAAGCACCAGAGAAUGCAGGAAAGCACUGCCCAGGUAGAACAGCACAGCAAGACACAGCAAGGUGACAGCAGCACACCUGGCCCACCUACAGGCCUGGAGGGCAGGUGUGAUCCCGUGGAUGCCAGGCCCUGUCUCCUGGAUGCAGAGGAGAACCUGUGUGUGUAGGAUGCACAGUCUAGCAGACAGACCCUUAGUUCUCAUUGCCUCAGAGCAAUCACAGAGGUUCAUUAGGAUCACAUCCAGCGGGGAAUGAUACCUGCCUGUUCACACAUCACAGGCUUCAGGGAGUGCCAUAUUCCAUUCCUGGCCUCUUCUCCUCAUGUGAGAGGUACCAGCACUAGGAAAAAGGAAUUGCUGCACAGAGAGUUCAGUAAGGACAGAAAUAAUCUUUUUUUAACUUGUAAUUAAAAUAAAGCCUACUAGUAGGAAAACCAAGGUCCAGACCCCUGUUGCCACCUCCAUGCACUUGCCAGCAUUUUCCAUGUCCUGCCUCGUAUGUCCUGACUGUGGGUGCUCAUCUGAUGACAAAUAAAUUACAUUGCUAUGAAA